GCAUAAACGUAAACAAGAACAACAACAACAACAACAACGACGAAGACGACAACAACAACAAUAUAGUUUGAAAGAAAGAAAAAUUAGUUUAUAACAUAAGAAUGAAGGUGCCGGACCUUGAAGUAAUAAAAGAAAUUCCUGGAUACAAAGUUAUUCUAAAGGCAGUUCUGAAGAGUCAAAUACAACAACUGGUUGAACAGAUUUCUAGUGAGACUGAGGAAGAGACCGUAGUUCUUAGUGCUAACCUAUCAGAUGGAUCUAUCAGUUACCACGGCUCUGAGUUGGGCAGGUUAUUUCUGGACAGUCAUGACGAAUUUAAGUCACAAUAUUUAGGAUUUUGCUUGAAAAGACUUCACAUGAAAAGCAGGGAGCAAAUUCAGACAAAAGAUGGAUCCCGGGAAUCUACGAGCAUGGAGUUCGGUGCUGCAUUACCAGAAUACCGGACAAAUUCCUCGGAGAUGUGUUACAGCUCAAAGAGGGUAGAUCUGGGACUGAGACAUGAGCCAUAUAAGAAAAAUAGGGGCCGAGGAAAUCGAUCAAAUUUUAGAGUGACGCCUCGCAUGUCGCCAGGUUUACAUGAUAAUGAUUCGUCAAACAACAUUGUAAACAAAAUGGAACCUGAAUCAAAUUUUUACGGUAAACUUGGUGCUAAUCUACAUGUAGGUUCAAUGGACUCGCAACAAUCUUUGCCACAAGUGUCUGAAACUGUUGUGACCUCUGAAGCAGAAGAUAACCAAGGUCGAUCAGCAUCAUAUACGGAGAAUUCAAGUAUAAAUGAACACGUGCCUUCAAUAGAUACAUAUUCUGAACAGACUCAGAAUGAAACAAGUAAUUUAAACAUAGGCAGCGAUGGUACUGUGAACAUUAAACAAGAGUGUAGUACUGAUUCUGAGACAGACCUAAAGAUCACAGGCAUGGAGCUGCCUCAAAGUGGUUUUAUACAAGAUGAAAGCUUGACGGAUGGGAUGUCUACCAUGUUAGAUAACAGCAGGGAUAUGAGCUAUGAAACUAGUGUUGCGAUGGGAACAAGUGAUCUCCAGUCAAAACAUAGAAGACGAUUUCAAAAAUGACGUUCACCCGUGGAUUCAUUAUGCGACUUGUGUUUUUUAUAUGUACCGCAGGCUGGAUGGUUAUACCGGUAACACAAUGCGAAUUGAACGAAGAAUAUAGCCUUCAAGUUGGCGGUCGCGAAAAAGAAAAAGUGAAAGAAGAGACCAAUUUGAUUGUUCAAUUAAUUUCGUAUUUUUUCAAUUUCUUUUGGACAUUAUUCAGGAUAGUGUUUUACAUUUUAGAAAAUAUUUUUCUAUGCCUUAUGUAUGUCUCACGUUUCUUUAUGCUUUUCUUUCGCCUGUUUAACUGACACAUGAAACUCUGACAAUUGAGUACGUGUACAAUGAUUUUCCAAAUAUUCUAUAACAAUUCAAUGUCUUUUCAAAUCAAUUUUAUACCAUAAGUGAAACUUUAAUGAAAAAGUUAUAUGUCAUUUUGCAGGCUUUGGUUUUUGUAUUGCAUAAGUGUAUUUAAUAUGAAGACGGUGUAUAUUUCAACCUUAUCUGCAGAUUACGGAAGUAGUGGAAAUGGAUGUUUGUUUAAACUCACAUCAUCAUUUUAUCAUUUACAAUUACAUUCGCUUCUAUCAAAUGUAUAUCCGCGACUUUAUUAAGUUCCAAAAAAUUGGAAGUCAAGAGACUACAAAAUGUCUAACAUUGGAAGCCACAUUAUAUAAGAAAACAAGGAAAAGCAUUACAUUUUAGAAGUCACAAGCUUAAAUUACGGAGUAAAUGACUCCAAACCUUUCACUCACGGAUGCCUUGGAAACUUCACACAUGUGUUUGACUGAAAAUUAUAGCCGUAAGAGACACAUUAACAUGAAAUGUUUAGAAUUGUAGAAAUUCAUUGGAACCAAAUAUCAUA